GAUUUCUUCAGGAAGAUAGAAAUGAUAGAGACAUUGCAAUUGGUACUCACGGUGGAUUGCGGGAGAAAGCCAUGGGUGGCAUUUGUAUGGAUUAUGGUUUGCCAUCAGAUUAUGCCAGUUCCUAAUUUUUCUAUACGCCUAUUAUUGAUUCUUGACUUACAUGCUCUCUUAUGAUUUGGUAUUUCCGAUUUGGUUUCAAUGCACACAAUUAACACUAUCUGCUUGGACUAUGUUUGUUGCUUGAAGGUAAAGCUGUUGGUUAUUCACUAGAAAUGUUAUAGUAUGGGAAGGUUUUGAAAGUCAUUAAUGGCCUUAUCAGUAGAAAUGGACUCGCUAAGUGUGCUUGUGCGUGCGCAAGAGAAGCAGGGUAUAAGUUCUAGAGUUUUAGUGGACGUACUUGUAGGACCAAAAAAUGGUUAAGCUCUUUGGAUUUAUAACAUUUAGUGCGUUCUUGGAUGCAUAUAGGAUUCUGCAGAGUAAAAGUGCUUACCCUGCUAUUGAAAAGUGCUAUCGUGCAACAUUUCAGCAUGUCUCGUAGAAAUUUUGAUUUAGGAUGAAAAGCUAGGAAAGAAAAUGACACUAGGAAGCUUGAAACAGUGACUUGAUCUCAGCACCCCAACCUAUUAAUUGGAUUUAUGUUUUUAUUUCCGUCGUUUCUUUGUCAAGUAAAGCAUUAACUACAUUUUCUUCAGCUAUUCAAUUCUACAUUUGUCCUGCAUUACAGUUUAGGCAAUCAGUUGGAUUUGUUCCUAGCAUGGGAUGGGAGUGCACUAUACGGUCACUUUGAAACCUUCCCAGCAAACUGGGUAGUCAAUAAACUUAUUAGCCGGAGUCCAGAAAGCAGGUAGAGCAAAAAAUGUACGUUUGAUCUCGACACCAGAAAGAAGCCAAGUUUCCAUUUUCUGUUUGGUUCAUUUGCUUAGUUGGAUGACAGCGAAUGUAUACAGCUGGAAGAGUGAACUGCGUAUCUUUGACAAUUGUCCCGCAGGCUCUUUGCUGACAUGUCAAGAUAUGGUCCACAUGGACACAUCGUGCCAUCAUUGCUGACAUGUCAAGAUAUGGUGGUCCACUUGGACACAAGCGUUAAAAGAAGAGAACCUGUCCUUCGCAUAAAGAUGAAAGUUUUUAGUCUGAGAAUCGGGAAGGAAUAAGCUUUCGCAAAAGACAAGCGAAUACUAGAAACAAGAAACGAGCACAUGAAAAGCACAUGAGAAAGCACAGUCCAAUCCAAUGGCAACUUGGCAAGGGCUAACUUAGACGCCAAGCACGCAAUUCAUCAAAAACUCCAAGUCCCAAGACAUCCUUAAGCCUGCCAUGAGAAGCCAAACUUUCUUUGUUUUUCAUGAAGUAACUAACCACACACGGAUGUGAGCAAACCAAAACCACCGCCCUUACCCUCCUUAUAUAUAACCCUAAACUCACAUUGUCCCCAACCACAACAGCAAACAACGACUUGUCACCUGAAGCCUUGGCUUGAGAUGGUGGUAUUUUAUCCAACAGAAAAGCAACAAACCCCAACCAAAACACAGCUCAUGAUCAGCAGCUACCAUAGCCACACACUGUUACCAAACCAGUGUGGCUCGAGCCUUGUCCAAACCAUCGACGCGCCGCUGCCCCUGGUCUGGUCCGUCCUCCGCCAAUUUGACAACCCUCAAGCCUACAAGCAGUUCAUCAAGAGCUGCAGCAUGCGUGCCGGCAAUGGAGGCAUCGGAAGCAUCCGGGAAGUCGUGGUUAAAACCGGCUUGCCUGCAAAAACCAGCAUGGAGAGGCUCGAUGAGCUCGACGACAACAUGCAUGUCAUGCAUUAUAGCAUUGUUGGUGGAGAUCACAGGCUUGCAAAUUACAGUUCUACCACUACCGUGCACAGAGAAGAGGAAGGAAAGGCUGUUGUGAUUCAGUCGUAUGUGGUGGAUGUGCCUACCGGGAGCAGCGAGGAGGACACUUGUUUGUUUACUAAUACGAUCAUAGGCUGCAAUCUCAAGUCGCUGGCUAGAGUCACAGAAAAGAUGGCUGCUAAUAAUUAAUUAGCUUGUAGGCUUAAAGGGUUUUUAAUCUUUUUUUGGUUAGAGGUUAAAGCUGGUAAUUGUAAUUACUUAUAUUUGAGAGUUGAGAAGGUAGCUUCCCCAUUUGGCUUGUUACAUAUUUUGUGCAUGGGUAGUGCGGUUGACGUUGACUUCUUUCUUGUUGUAAUAAAUAUGUGAUUUUACAGUUA